GUCACAUUUGACAGCCGUCCAGUGAUGUUUCAUUCGAUUUUCGUAAGAAAAACUCAAUUUGUUUACCCCAAAAAUGUUUAGUUGGUUAAGUAAACUACCCGAGGUCCAACCUGAGGUCCACAAGAACGUUACCGAAGGGCUGAAGAGUAUUUAUAAAAAUAAACUGCUUCCCCUUGAGCAGUAUUAUCUGUUCAAUGAGUUUCAUACACCACCGCUUAGUGAUGCGGACUUUGAUGCGCAACCGCUUAUUUUACUGGUUGGCCAGUAUUCCACUGGAAAAACCACUUUUAUCAAGUACCUUCUGGAGAGGGAGUUCCCGGGCAUGCGUAUAGGACCUGAACCUACUACUGAUAAGUUCAUUGCUGUUAUGUAUGGCGAAAAUGACGGUGUAAUUCCCGGCAAUGCCCUCGUAGUAGAUCCAAAAAAGCAAUUCAGGCCAUUAUCCGCUUUCGGUAAUGCCUUCCUCAACAGAUUCCAAUCGUCCACCUUAAAAUCCCCCGUUUUAAAGGGGAUGACUAUAAUCGAUACCCCUGGGAUAUUAGCAGGUGAAAAACAACGAAUAGAUCGCGGGUAUGAUUUCACAGGGGUUCUCGAAUGGUUCGCCGAAAGAGUGGAUAGAAUCAUUCUGCUCUUCGACGCACAUAAGCUGGAUAUCUCCGAUGAAUUCCGUAGAUCAAUUGAGGCCCUUAGAGGCCACGAUGAUAAGAUAAGAAUUAUACUGAACAAGGCUGACAUGGUGGAUCAUCAGCAACUGAUGCGGGUAUACGGAGCCCUAAUGUGGUCCUUGGGAAAAGUCUUACAAACGCCCGAGGUGGUGAGGGUGUUUAUCGGGUCAUUUUGGGAGGAACCCUUAAGGUUUGACAUCAACCGAAAGUUAUUCGAAGACGAAACCCAGGACCUCUUCAAGGACUUCCAAAGUCUCCCGAAGAACUCGGCACUUAGAAAACUUAACGAUCUGAUUAAAAGGGCACGUCUAGCCAAAGUCCACGCCCUGGUCAUCACAGAACUGAAAAAAGAGAUGCCAGUAUUCGGCAAGGAUAGCAAGAAGAAAGACCUAAUUAAAAACUUAGAAAACGUUUAUGAAAAGUUACGUAGGGAGCAUCAAAUAUCUGCCAGCGACUUUCCCGAUCUAACCAAGAUGCAGGACUUACUGAGCAAAUAUGAUUUUACAAAAUUUAAGGCUCAUAAACAGAAACUUUUGGAUGAGGUGGAUCAGUUGCUAAGUGAGGAUAUUGCGAGACUUAUGGCCAUGAUUCCUCACGAUACUAGUCCAACAACCCAACUAGAGGUUAGAGGUGGCGCUUUUGAAAAUGUCCAGGAUAAAUUCACCCCGUUCGGGUACAAGAGUGGCGAGGGGUGUAACGCCGGAUAUGGAGAACCCGAGUGGAUUGUUAAUAAGGAACGGACCACCUAUGAUAGUUUGUUUGAGAGUUUGGGACCGGCCAAUGGGAGACUUCCUGGUUCAACUGUCAAGUCGGAAUUCACAAAAUCCAAAUUACCAAACCCAGUUUUGGCAAAAAUCUGGAAGUUAUGCGACGUGGACAGGGACGGACUGUUGGACAAAGAUGAGUUCGCCUUGGGCAUGCAUCUGAUAAAUGUCAAACUGAACGGCGGUGACAUCCCUGUCAGUUUGCCUGAACACUUGAUCCCGCCCAAGAAAAAAGACAAAGUAUAUACUAUAACUAAUGGUUAGCUAUGGAGCGGUACCCCCAAAAGGAUGAAGGAUAGAAGCCAAUUUAUGUGUAUACUUAUCUGAAUAUAUAUGCGUUUUUUCAUUAUAA